AGUUCCGAACCGCCCUCGUCCCAUGGCGCCGGAGCCUCCCGGGUCAAUGUGAAGUGACGCCUACUCCUGAUCCCAAGUCUGUGCUGGCACCUCUGGGUGAACAGGGUCAGAUCCCCGCGCGAGAAGUUAAAGAAGCCCUGGACCUUAGGGGCUCUGUGGAGCUACACCCCAGUCCACCCACUUCCGAGUUCUGACAGAUUCGCUGGAGCUUCAGAAAGUGGACCUACAGACAGACGGAGUAUUUGGGUCUGGGAGCUCAGGGGAGGAGGAGGGCUCGGGUCCAGGGCCUCAGGUGGGGGCUGGCCUGGGCGCUCAGGGAACGAGCCUGCUGGAAUCGCCCUGCCUUCCCUACCAAGGGUCUGAGGACACAGGCCUGUCUGUAUCCCUGCCAUGGGGGCCCUGGGGACCCUCGUUUUGGCAUUGGCUGCAGGCCUGAGCACUGCUAGCCCACCUAACAUCAUGCUGAUCUUUGCUGAUGACCUGGGCUAUGGGGACCUCGGCUCCUAUGGGCACCCCAGUUCUACCACCCCCAACUUGGAUCAGUUGGCUGCAGGGGGACUACGGUUCACAGAUUUCUAUGUGCCUGUGUCUCUGUGCACUCCGUCUCGGGCUGCCCUCCUGACUGGCCGGCUCCCAGUUCGAUCAGGCAUGUACCCUGGAGUUCUGGGGCCCAGUUCCCAAGGGGGCCUGCCCUUGGAGGAGGUGACGUUGGCCGAAGUCCUGGCUGCUCGAGGCUAUCUAACAGGGAUGGCUGGCAAGUGGCAUCUUGGAGUAGGGCCAGAGGGGGCCUUCCUGCCCCCACAUCAGGGCUUCCAUCGAUUCCUGGGCAUCCCAUAUUCCCAUGACCAGGGUCCCUGUCAGAACCUGACCUGCUUCCCACCAGACAUCACCUGCAGUGGUGGCUGUGACCAAGGCCUAGUUCCCAUCCCACUGCUGGCCAACCUGACUGUGGAGGCCCAGCCCCCUUGGCUGCCUGGACUAGAGGCCCGGUAUGUGUCUUUCUCCCGAGACCUCAUGGCGGAUGCCCAGCGCCAGGGCCGACCAUUCUUCCUGUACUACGCUUCCCACCACACCCACUACCCUCAGUUCAGUGGACAGAGCUUCACCAAGCGCUCAGGCCGUGGGCCCUUUGGGGACUCCUUGAUGGAGCUGGAUGGAGCUGUGGGGGCCUUGAUGACAGCUGUGGGGGACCUAGGUCUGCUGGGAGAGACACUGGUCAUCUUCACUGCAGAUAACGGUCCUGAAUUGAUGCGUAUGUCCGAUGGCGGCUGCUCCGGCCUCUUGAGAUGUGGAAAAGGAACAACUUUUGAAGGUGGCGUCCGGGAACCCGCCUUGGUCUACUGGCCAGGUCACAUUACUCCUGGUGUCACCCACGAGCUGGCCAGCUCUCUGGACCUGCUGCCCACCCUGGCAGCACUGACCGGGGCUCCGCUGCCCAAUAUCACCUUGGAUGGUGUUGACAUCAGCCCCUUGCUGCUAGGCACAGGCAAGAGCCCACGGAAUUCUGUCUUCUUCUACCCACCGUUCCCAGACGAGAUCCAUGGAGUCUUCGCGGUUCGGAAUGGGAAGUACAAGGCUCAUUUCUUUACCCAGGGCUCCGCCCACAGUGACACCACUCCAGAUCCUGCCUGUCAUGCCGCCAACCGUCUGACAGCUCACGAGCCCCCACUGCUCUACGACUUGUCUAAGGACCCUGGUGAGAACUACAAUCUUUUGGAUAGUACAGAGGAGGUCUCUCCAGAAGCUCUCCAGGCUUUGAAGCACAUUGAGCUGCUCAAGGCCGAGUAUGAUGCAGCUAUGACCUUCAGCCCCAGCCAGAUAGCCAAGGGUGAGGACCCUGCCCUUCAGAUCUGCUGUCAGCCGAGCUGCACUCCCCACCCAGUCUGCUGCCACUGCCCAGACUCCCACUCCUGAGGGGACUGGAGAAAUCCCUCAAGGGUAGCCCAGGACCCCUGGCCCUGUCCUGAGCGUGUAACGGUUCACCAGAGGGACAGGGGCAAGUGUGUAGUUUGUAUCUGGUAAUGUAAUAACAUCAGCUGAGACUUGCGGGCGUGCUAAUUCAUCUAGUCCUUGUGGUAACUCUGAAGUCAGUGCUAUUCUGCUGUGCUACAAACAAGGACGUUGAAGCGUAGGGAAUCUCGUGGACCUGUCCACGAGAGCUUGAACUAGGUUUUGAACCCAGGCAUCCAGGAACUGAAACGUGUUCCACCCUGAUGAUCUGCACGUGUCCAUGGACCACGUCACUGAGGCGUGAGCAUGUCCAUUCACAGAAACUGGUAGUGAGUUUCAAGUACCAGGAACUGUGAGGGAGGGGUGGCGAGGGCAGAAAGACCCUAAAGAUGCCAUGCCUCUGGAAGACAGGUUUUCCUCAAGAAGCACUGUUAGAGGCCCUGGACCUGGCCACCGUGGUUCUUAAAGAAAUCAGUCUUCUGGAGUUAGGUAAUAAACUGAUGAUUCCAGGUAGAGUUAAGGAACUGAGGACCCUGUGAGAUUCCAGGAAGGACCAUUAGCAGCUCCUGAGACCGCCUCACGGGGUUUUCCUUUCUCCCAAAUUCCGCAUUUCUCUUUUGUGCGUCCUUCAGCUCCCCCAGUCCUAUCUAACCCUCUACCAAAAAAGAAAAAACAUUGUCUACAAAGUAAUCUUUUAAAAACACCUAUCAGGGACCAGUAAGAUGACUCUGGGGGAAAGUGCUUACCGUGCAAACCUGGCAACUUGAGUCCAAUCCCCAGAAGCGCAUAUGAAAAAGCCACAUCUCUAACCCCAGCAUUCUCGGGGGAGACAGGAAAAAGGCAGGAGAAUUGUCCAGAAUCUUGCAGACCGGCUACCCUAGCAUAUACAGCACAGUAGAUAUAAGAGAGACCCGCCCCAACGAGAUAGGAAGAGAACCAGAUCCCCCAAAUUGUGUCCUGACCUCCGCAUAUGCUCUGUGGCCCACACGUCUCAACUUACAUACAUCACACACGCAAGCAACAGUAAUAAUAAAUGUAAAAAAAAAAA